AGGAGCUUCGAGCGGCGGUCGCGCUGCCGGCCCAGACCUGUCGGGAUCGGUAGCCGCAUGGCUGCGCCCAUCUCGGGUCGCGGGGCCCGGAACCUGCUGCAGUUCCUGCGGCUGGUGGGGCAGCUCAAGAGAGUCCCACGUACUGGCUGGGUGUACAGAAAUGUCCAGAAGCCAGAGAGCGUAUCAGAUCACAUGUAUAGGAUGGCAAUUAUGGCUCUGGUGACCAAAGAUGAACAUCUUAACAAAGACCGAUGUGUACGCCUAGCCCUGGUUCAUGAUAUGGCAGAAUGCAUCGUUGGGGACAUAGCACCAGCAGAUAACAUCCCCAAAGAAGAAAAACAUAGGCGAGAAGAGGAAGCUAUGAAGCAGCUAACCCAGCUCCUCCCAGAGGAUCUCAGAAAAGAGCUCUACGAACUCUGGGAAGAAUAUGAGACCCAAUCUAGUGCAGAAGCUAAAUUUGUGAAGCAGCUGGACCAAUGUGAAAUGAUUCUUCAGGCAUCUGAAUAUGAAGACCUUGAGAACAAACCUGGGAGACUGCAGGACUUCUUCAAUUCCACAGCAGCCCCACUACCUCUGCCCUAGACAAGGCCCUCAUUAUUUCUGUAUUGGACUGUUGUUAUAACCACCUCAUUUAACCCGCUAGGCUCAUGAGUUCAUCCUGCAUGUCUCGGUGCUUUCCUCCUUUGUAGAUAUAGGUAUCGUCACCUCUUUGUUUUUUAAACGUUUGUGGCUUUCCUCUUCUGACACUUUUUAAGUCGUCUGAACAGCUCUGCAGGCUAAGGCCACUCAACUGUCUGGUUUCCUCUCCUAAUCCUCCCUGUCACAGCUGAGCGUUCCCUUCUUUUUGCUCAAUCUGCCCUUGGUCUGCAGCUUGCCUUAGCGUUGUCACAGUCUGACCUGCAUUCUCCGUAAUGAUGUUCCUCGCUGGGUUUCUUUCCAAAACCACACUUGCCCACCCCACUCUAUCGUAAGCUGUUUGAGGGCUGAGACCAACCAGCUUUGUCUGAUCUGUCCUUGAUAUAGGUGAUGCUCAAAAUGUUUGACUUUGGUUCAAUGGAAUAAUGUUGUAAACCAGGGGUCAGCCAGCUAUAGCCCGGGGGCCACACUGGCUGCUGCUUGUCUCUAUCAAUAAAACUUUACUGAAACAGCCACGCUCUGUCUUUCUCUGUUGUCUAUACUGCUUUCACGCUACAGCAGCAGAGCUGAGUAGUUGGCAGCAAAGACCAAAUAGUUCACAAAACCUAAAAUAUUUACUAUCUGACUCUUUACCAAAAAAGGUUUGACCAAUGGUUGGGUUACUAGAUAGCAUAUUUCCCCAAUAAGGUAAUAAAAAUAUGUCAUGUUUAUGUUGUUCUUUGCAUUUUAAUACUAUUAUCUUCUAUUUUGCUACAUUCACAAUGAAAAAUAGAAAAUGAAACAUGAGAAUACUAGUACAGUCAAAAACUAUGGGAGCUGGAAGGGUCAUCUGGUUUAAACUCCACAUUUUAUUGAGGAAGAAACUUGAGCCUGGAAGGAGGGUGAUGUACCCACAGCUGAGUUGAGAUUAAAAUCCGCUGCACUUUCCACUCGGGUGCACUAUUUCCAGUAAAAAAAUUAGUAAACUUCAACAGUGUACAUGAUGUAAGAAGUGGUUUCUUACCAUUUCUUACCCUGGUUUGGACCAGGGUGGUAAUGGUAGAAAAAGUAAGAAGUCAGAUUCUGGAUAUAUUUUGAGUAUAGAGUCGACAGGAUUUGUGUAUGGGGGGGUUUAUGAGAGGAGUCUGAGGAUUUUGGACUUCCCACUAGACAGGAAAGAUGGGGGGAAGAAUAGGUUUGGAGGAAGAAAAUCAGGGGUCCCAGAAGCCAAGGGAAGAAAGUGUUUCAAGAGGGCAGGAGUAGCCGUCAGAUUAAGCAACACGGAGCUGAUCGGUAUCCUUGGUAAAAGCAGUUUUGGUGGAACGAUGGUAAGUCUGACAGCAUGACUUUUACACGGUGGGGCAGAGGGUGGCCUGGAAGCAACGAGGAGCGUGGAGGACAGGCUCUGGCCUGGUGGUAGGAGCUGCAUGAGACAGAAGACAGCUGCGGCUGGAGGGGCUGCAGAGAAAGCUGUAUCCUCAGGACGAGUAGGUGUCAGUUAGGGCAAGAAAGUGAAGGGGACAUUCAGAGAAGAGAUGGAGCCUAGCGAAUCAAUGGAAUAGAGUUAACUGUGGAAUGAAGAGCAAGCAACAAAAGGCACUGGCAAGAGAAGACAGUCAGGGAAGAAGAGACGGUGGGUUUAACCCCCCCCCCCCACGUGCUAGCCACCAUCCACCUAAGAUAGCUCGGAGCUUGGUCGCUGCCCAGGGCAGAAGCCCAGAGGGUGCCAAGGAGCCAGGAAGGCAGCGCAGACUAGCCGGUUUCAUUGCAGAUGUUUGCACUCUUGUUUGCGUCCUGGGACAGCCCAGACCCCCUGGUCUUCCUAUCAGUCUUUAUAUAUGUAGGUGCAUUGUUCCCCACAACUAAUUGCAGAUUCAGAAUGGACAGCGAUUGUUCUCAGUUCUCUGGACUCCAUCCUCCCUGAGUUUCCCUACAGUUCCUGGUAGGGGUAUUCAGAGGCUGCCUGGUGAGGUUUUCCCCAGCUCUGCCUGAGCUGUAGUUCUUUGCGUGAUUCUCAUCCUCAUGCUUGAUAGCAGCUGGGGUGACGUAGCAUAAGCUCCGAGGGGUUGCCUUUGGCCUCUCUCCAGGACCUGGAAUCUUACUCUGCGUUGGAGUGAAGUAUGGGUCAGAUCACAGACUCGAGCUCCUGACAAGCCCUAGGAUCCAGCUGGAGAAACUGAUGUAUUCACUUGUCAUUAUCUUUUUCCCCAUCUUCUUG